CAUGCUCAUUGUGAAAAAAACCAUCUAACCAUCUACUUCUACUUGGUGGCGGCGGUCCGGAACCCCCUUCAACCCUUUCAAUGUAAUAUUAGUACUUCUUUCUAAAAAGGAGCAAACAAGAAGAAAAUUAUUUUAAAAUUUCCUGACAAAGAAAACUAAUUAAAACUACGGUGUGUGCGUGUUGCGUUGUGUUAACAUUGAUUGGUAGACUGAAGUGCUAAUAAUAUUCGGAUAUUCGGGUUUGUGUGUCGGUACUAAUACUAACUUCCAAUUGGAUAGCAAAAAUAAAAUCCAUUUCAGUCGAUUAUGUUGGUAAAAAAUAAACGGGAAUAGAUCUUGUUUAUUUGUUAAUAAAAACACGGCCAGUGAAACAUACGAAUUACAAAUUACAAAGCAAAGUUCAUGAAUAGUGUUAAAGAAGGCCCACAGAAAUAAAACAAGCAGAGCAAAAACGCAGCAGCACAUAAAUCAUUGAACGGGGAGACAAGCAGCAGCAGAAAUAGUGCUGUAAUGGGUAAACAAAAAAUUUAUUGCGCCAAAUGCGAUAAAAAAUGCUCGGGAGAAGUGUUACGUGUGGCUGACAAGCAUUUCCACAAGGCUUGUUUUCAAUGCUGCCAAUGCAAAAAGUCGCUGGCUUCCGGAGGAUUCUUUACCAAAGAUGGCGCUUACUUCUGCAUACCCGACUACCAGCGUUUGUAUGGCACAAAAUGUGCUGCCUGCCAGCAGUACGUCGAAGGAGAGGUUGUCUCAACAAUGGGUAAAACCUAUCACCAAAAGUGUUUCACUUGUUCCAAAUGUCAAAACCCAUUUAAAUCUGGCAGCAAGGUAACUAAUACAGGAAAGGAGGUGCUUUGUGAAUCAUGUGUCUCAGGAGUAACCGGUGCACCUACAUCACCUACGCAACAAAAUGCUGGUAACAAAUCAGGCACAACUUCGCCAGCGCCCGCUGUCGAAUCGCCGACCCGAGCGACUGCUCACCAACAAAUGACUAGUGGUGUUAUAUCAGACAAGGCCCACCUGAAAGAGGACUAUGACCCGAAUGACUGUGCCGGCUGCGGUGAAAUGCUUAAGGAGGGUCAGGCUUUGGUCGCUUUGGAUCGGCAGUGGCACGUUUGGUGCUUCCGCUGUAAAUCUUGCAACGCUGUGCUGAAUGGGGAAUACAUGGGCAAAGAUGGAGUGCCCUAUUGUGAGAAAUGCUACCAGAAAUCCUUUGGAGUGAAAUGUGCCUACUGCAAUCGCUUUAUCAGUGGCAAAGUUUUGCAGGCAGGCGAAAAUCAUCACUUCCAUCCAACGUGUGCUCGCUGCACCAAGUGCGGUGACCCCUUUGGUGAUGGAGAGGAAAUGUAUUUGCAGGGCAGUGCCAUAUGGCAUCCACGAUGUGGUCCUGGACCAAAUGAGUCGGGCUUGAUUUUGAAUGGUUGCGGUGGUGUUGGCGUCUCAAAUGGAAACUUUACAGACACCGAAUGUGAUCGUAUAAGUUCGAGUGCUUUAAGCGAUAUGUACAUAAGAUCCCGAACGCCGAGUUUUAAUGGUUCCGUAUAUUCCUCUAGCCGCAAGCACUACCGCACCGUAAGUCCUGGUUUAAUUUUACGUGAAUAUGGACACCAUGGUGGUGGGGAUAUAUCGCGCAUCUACACAUAUAGCUAUUUAACGGAUGCCCCCAACUACCUACGCAAACCGAUUGAUCCGUAUGACAAGACUCCGUUGUCGCCACACUUCCAUAGACCAUCGUCAUAUGCUACCAGUACUGCCGGUUCUGUGGCCGGAAGCAGGCCACCUUCACGACCCGGUUCACGCACACGCAGUGCCAUGAAGGUGCUAGUUGAUGCUAUACGUUCCGAGACGCCAAGACCAAAAAGUCCUGCCAUGAACAAUGAAGAGCCCAUUGAGCUAUCUCAUUACCCGGCUGCUAAGAAACCGCCACCAGGUGAGAAGCCUAAAAUCGAACGUGACGACUUUCCCGCUCCACCUUAUCCCUAUACGGAUCCAGAACGUAGACGUCGUUAUAGUGAUUCAUACAAGGGUGUUCCCGUCUCCGACGACGAGGAUGAUACUGAAACCAACAAUGGCGAAACCGAAGAGUCUCGCUUGCAGCGUGAAGCUAAAGAAUUGGAGAAAUUGAAUUCGGGUAUUGGCACAGCAAUUGCUAGAGAUUUGAAAGAGACAGCUAAAUACCGCAAAUGGAAGCAACAAAAUCUGGAUCCAAGAAAUGCAUCACGUACAGCAUCAGCUAAUAAAGAACCACUGAAUAAAUUACGAUACGAAUCACCAGUUGGCGCGUCGCCAUCGCGUAACUUAGAUCAUCAAAAACCUUUCUAUGAGGAUGAAAUGUUUGAUCGUUCAACGAGCUACAGAGGUUCCCUGGGCAAAUCAUUGGGCAAUGCACCUAGUUACAACGUGGUGAGCUCACUUCGUCAUGUCCCAAAACCUGGAUACGGCUUAGCUCCACGUUCCCACACUUUCAGUUCAACCACAUCGGCCGGCGCCAUGAUGCACGGCGUCACUGACUAUUCAUAUGGAGGAUUAGGUGACAAAACGCACAGUACAGAUUUGAGUUGUGGCAAAUCUGAAGCCUCAGUGGACUCCAUUACAGAAGGUGAUAGACGCGCUUUGAUGGGCGGUGAUUUGCCCGCUUCGAGCACCUACUCUGGUGCGUUGUCUUAUCAUUACCCCCAGGCUGGCUUAAUACGUCGUAGCUUGCCAAAUAUGGCCCAUUCAAUGUUGGUCCACGAACCGGCUAAAAUUUAUCCCUAUCAUUUGUUGAUCAUCACCAAUUAUCGUUUGCCUUCAGAUGUUGAUCGCUGCAACUUAGAGCGCCAUCUAUCGGAUGUUGAGUUCGAACACAUUUUACAAUGCGCCAGAGCUGAUUUUUACCGAUUCCCCCAGUGGAGGCGAAAUGAGUUAAAACGUCGCGUGAAACUCUUCUAAAUCAACAAAACGAUGAGCUGUAAGUUGCUCUAAUUUAGAAAUCUGUGUGAACCCAGCUAAAAACAAAUUUUUUAAAACAAGAUCUGAAGAGAAUGAUACACAAACCCAAAAAGGAAACGUGCAUUUCAUGUAUUUCUAAAUGAGCAAAACAUCAACAAAUGAGAGAAGCCCGGUGGGAAAGCAUACCAAGUACAUAAUUGUAAACACAGCUUUAGACAAAAGAAUAAGACAAAGUGCAACCAAAAAACGAGAAACAACUCCAUUGCGAUACACCACAAACUAGAGAAGAUUUAUGUACCAAGCAACUUCCGCAGCGCGAAAUUCUAAACACACGUCACUCUCGCCAUCAUCACUUAUAAAUGGAUGUAUGCAGCUUUUUAUUAUUUUCUAAAAUCAAACAAGCAAAUUAUAUGGCAACUACACAACAGCGUUUGGCUUUUUCGGUUUUGCAUCCUUUUGAAGGACAUAGAGCCUCCUUUCUUACUACCGCCGACUAAGUAGCAACGCAUGGCUUUUUUAUUUAUACGUAUGUACAUGCAUAUGGAUAUUUUUUUUAAUAGGUUUCUAUCAAAUUUACAUUUACAAAACACUGCGUUUCUUUUUUUUUUGUAGAAAAAAAGAAACGAUCUUUUUUAUUUGUUUUUUUUUUUUUUUUUGUUUGUUUUAGUUUAUGGAAGUGGAGAGUUUUCAAAGUAGCGGAUAUUAACAAUUUAAAAAUUUCCUUACCAUAUUAGACCGUUUUGGUGACCUUUGGUCCCUCUUCUUCUCUUCAUUAAAUAUGAAAAUUUUGUAUCUGUAUCAUUUUGAUUUAUUUGCGCAGCUAUCAAACUUGUAGAUUAAAUUUGCAAAACCGUUCA